AUGGCUCAACCCGUCUCCUCGCCUGGUGAUGAGACCCAUUCUUUGACAGUCAAGUUGAAUCCCGCCAAAGAUGUCCCACUACGAAAUCUACGGCAAGAUGCCCAAGGCUGGUAUCUGUUUGUGAAUGAGAACUGGAUACCGUCAUCUGACGAAGUGGAAGACCGGAAACUAAGGCAUCAUCUAAUGGAAAGAUGGGCGGUGGCCGACCAGGCGUAUCGCGAUGUAAACUCUUGCUUUCUAAACAGCCUUACAACUCACUAUCUCACAGUUUACUUGACAGGAAUAUCAUCAACGGGCAAAGUCCCAGGGAGGUCGACUCUGAAUCAUGCCGCCAACUACCGCCACUUGGUCAAGAUUCUCAUAUGCUGCUACCUCCCUGAGGGCCUCAGUGGUAAUCAUGUGUUACAGGGGGUUAUUGGCAGUGUUCCUCAGCCGCGAAUUCCUACCAUGAUCACUACCACAACAUAUCGUCCGGACGCCAUUGCGGUGGAUAACACAAUUCCGUCUGAGUUCCUUAAUGAAGCUGACUUUCGAGCUAUCUCAAUGACGCACGACGGGUUUGCUUUCUUCAGUCCAUGCACUGGUAUUUGGUUCAUAAUUGAUCAGACAGACCUGGACACGGGCCGAAUGACACUGGUUAGCUUUAAUCCAGAUGGCACAGCUCGGGAUCAUAUCAAAUUGUGUCCAUGGAACAUGGCCCCCUUGGUAAACCGUUACUCGGGAUUAGCCUGGCCUUUACGCCGACUGAUUUGCGAACAAGUAGGAGGAGGCCGGAACCUGAACCAACCUAUAGAUAUGGAUAUACCACUUUUGGAUCUUUUAGAGACCACUUGUCGAGAUGGGAAAUUUCCGAUGCACCCGGAUUGUAAUCGCGAGCAGUGGACAGAGGUGAUUGAGCGGGUUGCGCCGGGCUAUCUGGAAUUAGAAACUCAGGGCCGAGGGAACCUCCGUGUUAUUGAUGCGUCCGUCAUUCCGGUUAUUUCUGACUGUCAUAUUCAGAACUCGGUCUAUCUGAUUGCCGAGAAGGGUGCAGAAGCUAUCAAGGAGGACCACGGUGAUCUAUACGUUUAG